GGUGUCAAAGCGUUGCAAAACAGACAACCUGGCAGUGAAAGAGGACAGUCACAGGAGGGAGACUACAGCAGCUUCGGGAAAAUGAUGUUAUCAGAACUCCUGAAGGUGCUGCGGGGGGCAGGCAAAGUGGGGUCUGCCCUGGUCACCACCCAGGGAGAGCAGCUCCGAUUAAUGGCCUGUAACUCCUCCGUGGGAGCUGGGGUCCAGGCUGCUCAGGGUGUGGUGGAGGGACUGGUGGGCACCAUCAUGGGCGGCAGCAGUGCGCAACAGACGAUAAAGGAGGAUGUGUUCCCGGAGGUGGAGGAAUGGGAGAAUAUGGACCCUGAUGAAGCAGCUAAAUGGGCCAUGGGGUCAGAGUUCCCUGAUGCUGCGGAGCAAAGCCAGACAGAAGCUGGAGCUGAAGCAGAGAUGCCAACAGGAGUUCCUCCCUCCCCAGGGGUAGGUCCUGCAGGGGCGGGCUGGCCGGGACAGAGCUUUCGCUUCCUCCACACGACCCCCGGCCUCUACCCCUACUACUACCACCAGACCAGGGCCGUCCAUGACACAGUGGUGGCCAGACUCACACCAGAGGACAUCAAGAAAGCCAGGGAGGCCAAGCAGGCCUUGGUCAAACCCGUCAGACAGAAGCUGAGUGACCGUGCCAAAGAGAGGAAGGUGCCCGCCACAAGAAUCAGCCGGCUGGUUAAUUUUGGAGGACUCGCUGUAGGACUUGGGAUUGGUACCCUUGCGGAAGUGGCAAAACAGUCUAUGGGAGGCAAACAGAAAGGAGAAGGUGCCAUCAUAAACUCUCCGCUCCUGUCAGACGCCAACGCUGAGAGAAUAGUCAACACGUUGUGCAAGGUCCGCGGGGCCGCACUCAAGAUCGGACAGAUGUUCAGCCUUCAAGACAACAACUUCAUCAGCCCCCAGCUGCAGAGGAUCUUUGAGAGAGUCCGGCAGAGUGCAGACUUCAUGCCUACCUGGCAGAUGACUAAAGUUCUCGAGGAGGACCUGGGGCCUGACUGGCGAGAUAAGCUAUCAUCCUUUGAAGACAAACCGUUUGCUGCAGCUUCCAUCGGACAGGUGCAUCAUGCGGUGUUAAAAGAUGGAAGAGAGAUCGCUAUGAAGAUCCAGUACCCUGGAGUGGCAGAGAGCAUCCACAGUGACAUAAACAACCUGCUAUCCGUCCUGAAAAUGAGCAUGACCCUGCCAGAAGGUCUGUUUGCUGACAGCAGCUUAGAGGUUCUUCAGAGGGAGCUGGCAUGGGAGUGUGACUACAAGAGGGAAGCAGAGUGUGCCAAGCAGUUCAGGUCCAUGCUGGAGGGAAACGAAUAUUUCCAAAUCCCUGAGGUGGUCGAUGAGCUGUCAGGCCGCAGGGUGCUGGCCAUGGAGCUGGUACAAGGAGUCCCACUGGACCGCUGCGUAGACUUGGACCAGGAGACCAGGAACCAGAUCUGUUUCAAGAUCCUCCAGCUGUGUCUCAGGGAGCUGUUUGAGUUCAGGUUCAUGCAGACGGAUCCAAACUGGGCCAACUUCUUCUACAACUCAGACACCAACAAGGUUGUUCUGUUGGACUUUGGAGCGUGCAGAGGCUACCCAGAAUCCUUCACAGAUGACUACAUACAGGUGGUGCACGCAGCCUCCGUGGGUGAUCGAGCCACAGUUCUUUCCAAAUCGAAGGACCUCAAAUUCCUGACAGGCUUCGAGACCAAGGCCUUCCAGGACGCCCACGUGGAGGCGGUGAUGAUCCUCGGUGAAGCCUUUGCGUCCGAGGAGCCCUUUGACUUCGGCACCCAGAGCACCACCCAGCGCAUCCAGAGCUUCAUCCCUAUCAUGCUGCGCCACCGCCUCACUCCGCCGCCCGAAGAGUCAUACUCCCUCCACCGCAAGAUGGCCGGCUCCUUCCUCAUCUGCUCCAAACUGAAAGCAAAGAUAUCGUGCAAGGACAUGUUCCUGGAUGUGUACAACACGUACAACCAGAGGAAGCAGGAGCAGCAGGCAGCACAGGCCACUGCUUAGACGCACAGGGACACUCCCCAAAUACGCCAUGGACUUUUUCAGAGAGGGCUGUUACGUACAGGGACCAGCACUGGAAAUCAACUAUUUGGCUACCUGCCACUGUGGCUGGUGGAUUCCAAAAUCUACCAGCCACUCCAUAGUUUACCGUUGUUUUUGGUUGGUGAGAAAAGCAAAUUUAGCAGCCACUUACAUACUUAACCAGCAUUUGGCUGGAAGCUGAUGCUAAUUUCCAACCCUGAUAGGAACAGAAAGCAUGAAGCAGGGACACUAGAUCAGACAUCCUUAAGACUUUACACCAUGUCAACAUAUAGCUGAAUAUGGGAACAUGCUCUAACGAGGACCAUAAGUGCUUGACUUUCUGUGCUUUUCUCCUCAAGUGCUUCAGUUUUCUGACAUCAGUGUAAGUGUAUAAUGAUUUGGGUGAUCCUGCUCUAACCUGUCACUCUGACUCAUGAAGGCUUAACUAACACUGUCACUUACAGACAUAAAUACUUCAUAACUAUGACACGUAAUGUGAGUACUUUGGAAAUGAUGGAGAUAUUUGUGCCAUAACAAAUACCGGUAUAUGCUGAAGCCCAAAUGGUUAAAUAACUGAUGUGAUUAAAUCUGUAUAUUACUUGAAGACAGGAA